UGCACCCGCUUAUGCCAGAGCUGUCAAUCAAGAGGUGCACGAGCUACUGCAGGUGCAAAGCUGGGCUCUGGGUUAGCCGCUGCAACGAAGCCGAGGGAAAAAACACACAUUUCAAGAUGGCGUCUGCAAAUGCCACAUACGGACAGAAGGAGUCAUCGGACCAGAACUUUGAUUACAUGUUUAAAAUCCUCAUCAUCGGCAACAGCAGCGUAGGCAAGACCUCCUUCCUUUUCCGCUAUGCAGAUGACUCAUUCACACCAGCCUUUGUGAGCACAGUGGGCAUCGACUUCAAGGUUAAGACCAUCUACAGGAACGACAAGAGGAUAAAACUGCAGAUCUGGGACACCGCUGGCCAGGAGCGCUACAGGACAAUCACCACAGCUUACUACAGGGGAGCCAUGGGCUUUAUUCUCAUGUAUGACAUCACCAACGAAGAGUCCUUCAACGCUGUGCAAGACUGGUCGACCCAGAUCAAGACAUACUCAUGGGACAAUGCUCAGGUGCUCCUGGUGGGGAACAAGUGUGACAUGGAGGAUGAACGCGUGGUGGCUGCAGAGAGGGGCCGGCAGCUGUCAGAACAGCUGGGUUUUGAGUACUUUGAAGCGAGCGCCAAAGACAACAUUAAUGUGAAGCAGACCUUCGAGCGGCUGGUGGACAUCAUCUGUGAGAGGAUGACGGAGAGUCUGGACAACAAUGACCCGACCAUCACCGGAGCUAAACAGGGGCCACAGCUCACUGAGCAGCCUCAGAGGUCCCAUCAGGAUUGUGCUUGCUAAACACUGCUACGCACACACACACACACACACACACACACGCACACAAUCUGCUGUCCUAAAAUCCACACACCUUGUUUUUUUUAGUAUGUCUCUGGCUUUGUCUUUCUUUCUCAUAAGCAUAUAAACAAAUAAAUCACACACAAACACUGCCAUACAGAGUCAAACAAUCUGGCUGCUUUAAUUCUCCACCCCUCUCACUACACCACGAACACUAUCCACAUGAGCUGGCUUUCUUCAAAGAUUUAGGUGUUUUCAGAGGUGAAAGUGAAAGUUUUUGUUCAUUUUGUGUCACAGGAAAUAAGUGAUAGUGGUAAUUUAGUCAGAGGGGUGAAGAAAGCUCAACAAAAGCAUCAACAAUCCUAAAUCCAAUCCUCUUUCUUUCAUACGUGUACACAUACAGUACACACACACACACACACACACACACACACACAUUAUACUGUAUGAUAGCAGAAUUAUGAAAGGUCAGUCAAGGCUGAGACUCCAUCAUUCCUUAUUGGCAAUUUCACAAUUGGGGUUUAACUCGUAAAGGUUUUGAAUGUGGGACAUUCUCCUGGUCCCACUCAGCACCAAGGCCUAAAAUCCUAAAUGGAUACAAAUCAUUUGCAGUUAUUUUAUCUUUUAGUCCCAUUGAGAAUAUAUGUUUGUUGCUGUGGAUAGAGUUGAUGUUUUUUUUUUUAAAAAACAUUUUUCAGUUGGUUGGGUGUGGUUUUGAGCAUGUCAAAUCUCCCGUCCUUCCCCGUGGUGUGAUUGAGUUUCUACAGAUAAUUACGGUCCAAGUUUGGCGUCCAAACAAGGUCAUUUCGAGGUUUGUCUUACGUUUAAUUUUAGGAAUGAAUGCAGGAAUAGCAAAUGUCACACAUAUCAGUUUGCUAGUUGCAUUACAUUGUUAUAGGAUUUUAUAAAAUUUCUGUUAGCAAGUGUGCUCUAUGGAUGGCAGUCGCAUGGUUUGUCCAGCCUUUAAAACCAGCUCGGUCCAGUGAAAGGAGCUGCGGAGCCUCGGGGGCUGCUAGUUUUUUGAUUUCUAGUUCUUUCUUUUUUUUUACUUUUGUUGUUAUUUUUUUAAGACAUGACAAAAUCAAGGGAUAAGGGAUGUCUUUCACCACACGGAGAAGAGUGUAUAAAUGUUUAAAAGUCAAUAGAUGUGCAUUUUUCAAAUGCAUAUAUAAUAUAAAUACAUAUAUAAUGAACAUAUACAAUCCAACUGAUUUAGGAUAUUGGAUUCCUACCUGUGCUUUAGUGAGAGGUGCAUGAUGUUGAUGUUUUUAACCAGUGAUGGUUGACUGGAUGGUUAUUUGUAUGAGCUGCUGUCUGAAUUUAAAACCCGUCCUGUCCUACAGUUUCAGUACCAAAUGGGGCUAAAGGUUUCACAUGUUAAGCCCGUGGCCUCUUGUCAUUGUAUUAACUUUCAUUCACUGCAUACAACGUGCACCAUGCACUCACUAGAAAGGCAUGUGAUUCAGUGUGAGCACUGGUACACCCACAGAGCUGCCAUCAACAUCCAGAUCGUCUGUUGCAGUAUGUCAGUGAAGGGGAUGUUUUCAUCUUUAUUUUUUUUUGGGGGGGGGGGGGGCAUGAUGUUUUUAAGCAUGUUAAAUGUCAAAUUGUGAGUUUUAUUUCUCUCUCUGAUGCUAAGGUUAGGGAUUUGUCUGCUUGUGUAUACAGUACAAAACCUUCUGUAAAUCAUGCAUUCACAGAUGUGCUGAGGCAUGCGAAAAUAUUUUCAACACCUACGUUUUUUUCAGAAUACAACUUAUUUAUUUUGUAUUAUUUAUAACUUAAUUUAUUUUUAAGAUAGUGUUCUUCCUAGAUUAUGCAUUGCAAUCUGCACUUGACUUUUUAAAGAGAUGUCCAAUAGUAUUCGAUUGCUUAAACUGUUCCAGCUUUUAAAUGAAAAUGUAUUUGUGUUUACAGUGAGUACAAAGCUUGACAUGCUUCCUCAAGAGGAAAGUUAAACAUUCCAGUGUAAGAGCCUCUUAUCACAUUCAUGCGGCUUUGGUGGGAAGUUUGUUUGUCUUUUGAUAUCGCUUAUGUAACUUUUAAGACUUGGUAGUGUACAAGCCGACUGUUCUCACAGAGCAAUAGCAGUUCUUUCUCUCCACACCCAAAUAUCAGCAACAUACAACCCUGCUGAAGGUUUGUAACACACGUACUGUAUGUGGGUGUGUGAAUGUACAGUUUGUAUAAAGACAGUCGUAAUAACUGUUCUUUCCAAAGAGUUCUCGACAAUAAAUUUAGAGCCAAAAAGAGUGGUUGUUACCAGGGAGAUUAUGUUUUCACCCAUGUCUGUUUAUUUGUCAGAAGGAUUAUGCAAAAAGUAGUGAACCGAUUUGCACCGAACUUUGAAGACGUGUGGGUAUGGGCCAGAAAAGAAGCAAUUUGGUUUUGGGGCUGGAUCUGGAUCAUUUACUAUGAAUUUGAAUUAUUUUCUCUGAAGUCUGGUGUAUGUUGUUUGACAUUGGUCUUGGCGGAGGACUGUGCUCUUUGAGUACGUUUCUAGUCACACAUUUGUCAGACUUCUGCUGACAAAUUUGGCUACAGCAUUCCUGCUCAGUACAGAAGAUUCACAAAGGGGGAAAUGUUUUGGGAAGUAAACUGAAUACUCUGAACACUUCAUUUAAAAAGUGAUGAUUCUUACUGCAUUGGUUCACUUUUGACUUGUUUGUUGAUUUUUGUUACUUUAUUUAUUGUGUUUUGCUACAGCUGUAAACUUGCCCAUGAUUUAGGAACACGUAUCGACCCCGUUUAACUCUCCUUCUCCUCCUCCUUGUCAUAAAUAACCUUUGUAAAUAGGAAUUUUCUGCCCGUCGGGUAUUAGUUGUGUGAAUUGUGCUGUAAUUCUGUAAUGCCAGAUUUGCUAAAAUGAGGAAUCAAUAAACACAUUCUAAAUGCUGGA